AUGGACGAGCAGGAGGCGAACGACGGAGACUGGGGCAAGUAUGGCUCUCCACCGAGCGACGAAUACAUGGGUCACGUCGUGGAGAAAGGUUUCAAGAAGCACCUGUCCCUCCACAGCCCCGAGGGCAUGCCGCAGUGGGAGUUGCACCAUGUCCUCGUCGCGAGCUCCAAGGACGCUCUCCAAAUAGCUCCUCAAGCUCACAUGAUCCGGGCCGGGAUGAAAGGUCCCCGCCGUGCAGCUUUCUGGAUGUUGUGGCCUGCAGAGUGGGAGGACUUCGGCGAUCCCGACUACGCCUGCUACGUGGAGCGUCAUGCGAUGUUCGCUGCCAUGCGUGCCUGCGAGGCAGCUGCCAUCCGCAGCAUUUUCCCACAUCCAGCUGACCAGUACGAGCUCAUCACCUCCAAAUCCUGGAUGGCGACGCUCUCGCUCCAUCCAGGAGUACAACUUCCAGCUGCCACCCUGGUGAGCAAGGGCGCUGUGAAGGUGAACGUGGAGGCGGCUGCAGAGAACGCACUUCGAGCUCUGCACCACAUUCGGAGGUUGAACCCUUUCCCGGUGGAGGAUGGCGACCCCCCAGCACCGUCAGCUGUCAACAAGGACGGUGUCGUCAAGGGGGUGGUGAAGCUCGGCUGGAGCUGGGAGAACCGCUUCGUCGUCACCUUCACCAGCCCGAAGCACCUGCAGGCGAGACUGAAGGAGAUGAUGAAUCAGCAGGGCUGUCUGGCCACCUACUGUGUGGUACAGGAGUGGGUAGAUUUUGAUUUCGAGAUGCGGCAGUACUACCUGCCACCACCGACAUGGCCGGCUGAGGCAAUAGCCAGGCUUGGUGACCUGGAUCCGGUAUCUGCGGUGAAUUUGCACUAUACCGGCGAAGUGAACUGUGAGUUGCAUGACAGCAAUGCUUGGGGCCCGUCGGAUGACUCCAAAAAUGUCUGCCACCCAGAUGAUCGUGCGGUGGCUAAGACCGCAAGCGACGUAGCUCUGGACUGGACGCGUGAUAUCCCGAG